AGUAGUAACACACAAUGGUCUUCAGGAUUGGUACUUCUAAACAGAAGGCAAGCUUGCGUAGUGGACACAUUGAACUUAGCUGGAGUGCACCACUGGAGCGCACAGAUGUCAAUUAACUUGCAUUAUUAGUUUGCAGCUGCAUUUUUUUACUGUGACAGUCGACAGUGCAGGGGAAUAACAUAUGCUGACAUGUGAAUGUCAAACUGCAUAUUUCUAAGGCACAAAAAUGUAGCCUGAAAAACUGGGUCUGCAUAUACACACUUUACAUAACGUCACAUGGUACAUCCAGGAAUUUGGACCUAUCUUCUAAAAUAUAGUUUGAACUUAGUUAUCCUGUCAAAAAGGUGAAAUUCAGGCAAAUAGGUUGUACUCCCUCCAUCUCAUAAUAUAAGACAUUAUUAUAUCUCCAUACAUUGAAUGUCUUAUAUUAUGGGACGUCCCAUAAUAUAAGACAUUCAAGUACAAGUUUAAAUAAAAUCUCAAAUACGGAGUAAUUGCCCUAGUACCCUUAAUGAUAAGUGAUCCGAGAUAAAAUGAAAAACUGGUGCCCCUUUUGUCAAGAAUGGGCACAUUUAGGUUCAAUUUCAUCUGAUAUUUUCCUAUUCUACAACCAAUGGAUAUGUGCACCAAACUUCAACAGGAAAAGGAAAAAUCAUUGCAAGUAGUUUGAUACCAUCACAUUAUAAAAUGGCAUGAGGUACAUCUGUUUGGUGAAGACUUAAGCAGAUGAGCAAAAGAUACUUGUCCAUCCUUGUAAAUAACCAAUUCUGCAGCUAGCUGCUUCGUCUAGCCGAACAAGUUACCUCCAGUCGGUCGGUGUGCAAGGCUGCAAGCAUCGGUUACUCACUAUUCUAAUGCAUGCGCUGCUACCUAAACCAAAGAUUUCAACAUGAGCAAGAGCAUACCUGCAAGGCUAAAACCGCAUCUUCCUCCUCAUAAAUCUUCAGCAACAAGGGUCAUAUCAGUUUUUGCAGCGUGUUGUUGCUCUUCUUCUAGCGCCACCUACCACCAUGACCCCGCGGUCGUCGGCUACUCGCAGGAGGACGUCGCGCUGCCGAGCAGGAUCCUCGAGCUCUUCAGCUCGUGGUCGGUGAAGCACAGCAAGGUCUACGUGACCCCGAAGGAGAAGGUGCGGCGGUACGAGGUGUUCCGGCAGAACCUGAAGCACAUCGUGGAGACCAACAGGAGGAACGGGAGCUACUGGCUGGGCCUGAACCAGUUCGCCGACGUCGCCCACGAGGAGUUCAAGGCCGGCUACCUUGGGCUGAGCACCGGCUUGGCCGGCGCCGGCGGGCGGCCGCGCGCUCCGACGACGGCAUUCAGGUACGAGGCCGCCGUGGACCUGCCCUGGGAGGUGGACUGGCGGAAGAAGGGGGCCGUGACGCCGGUCAAGAACCAGGGGAGAUGCGGAAGCUGCUGGGCCUUCUCGACGGUGGCGGCGGUGGAAGGGAUAAACCAGAUGGUGACGGGCAGGCUGGAGUCGCUGUCGGAGCAGGAGCUGAUGGACUGCGACGGCACCUUGGACCACGGCUGUGGAGGGGGACUCAUGGACUUCGCCUACGCCUACAUUGUGGGGAACCAGGGGAUCCACACCGACGCCGACUACCCCUACCUCAUGGAGGAGGGCGACUGCAAGGAGAAGCAGCCCCACUCCAAGGUCGUCACCAUCAGCGGCUACGAGGACGUGCCGGAGAACAGCGAGGUGAGCCUGCUGAAGGCGCUGGCGCACCAGCCCGUCAGCGUGGGCAUCGCUGCGGGGAGCAGGGACUUCCAGUUCUACAAAGGGGGGGUGUUUGAAGGAACCUGUGGCACCCAACUGGACCAUGCGCUGACGGCCGUCGGAUACGGCUCAUCCAACGGCCAUGACUACAUCGUCAUGAAGAACUCGUGGGGCGGGGGCUGGGGCGAGCAAGGGUACUUCAGGAUCAAGAGGGGCACCGGGAGGCCCGAGGGCGUCUGUGACAUCUACAGGAUCGCCUCGUACCCUACCAAGAACAACGGCACGGGCUGGGGGUGGGGGGCCUGAAACUCCUUCGUUCGUUCCAAGUGCUACUGUGCUAGCACGUGGAUGCAACAUCGCCUCUUUUUUUUUCUUGAACACGAAGCAACAGCAGUCAAACAAGUUAGGCGGUCUGUAAAUUAUUUGGCUCCGGUGAGAAAAUCUGGUUGUUCGUCGGCAGUUCAGUUCAGUUGUUGUAUUUCUCUUCUGUUUCUGGCAAACACAGUGGGGAAAAAGGGAGGGGGCAAUGUCGAUUGAGCCUGUCGGAUGCAGACAUCCAUGUGUGACUGACACCAACCUCUCGCAACUCGCAAGUCCCGCGCCGUCCAGCGCAGGAGGGGGCGAGUAGGACAGGAACAUACAGUAUAAAGAUAUGGUUUGUCAGAAGUGAACAUCAAAGGUCCUAUGGUCUAGUGGUUAGGACAUUGGACUCUGAAUCCAGUAACCCGAGUUCAAGUCUCGGUAGGACCUUGUUUUUUUAUCUUUUGUUGUUGUUGCACACGACUACUUCUUGCAUGGUAGCGGUAAUUGCUGAGGUAUUGAGCCCAGCAGCCCAAAACCUAUGUGCUAUAAAAAAUAUGUUAAAACGUUUCCUUUCAUCCGGAUGAUUUAUUCCUCACUUAAACCGAAUCCUGUCUGCGACACAUGUCCCAGGCCACCCACCGCUCCGUCCAACCUUAUCUCCUGGCAAUCCUUCUUCUCCGCUCGCUUUCUCGCUUUUUCCCUUUCUUCCUAGUCUCGGUAGGACCUUGUUUUUUUAUCUUUUGUUGUUGUUGCACACGACUACUUCUUGCAUGGUAGCGGUAAUUGCUGAGGUAUUGAGCCCAGCAGCCCAAAACCUAUGUGCUAUAAAAAAUAUGUUAAAA